AUGGCGGCGGCCUCCAGCCUCUCAAAGGCCGAAUACUUGCGGCGGCGCUACCUGGAGGUCGGCGAUGCCGAGGCGGGCAAGAAGCGGCGGCGGAAGAAGAGGGCGGAACGAGGCUGAGCCGGUGCUGAAGGCGCUCUUUCUCCCGCCCGCAGGAUGCGCAUCGUGGAUGACGACGACGUGAGCUGGAAGAGCCGGCCUGCCGAGGAGGGGGAGGCCGAGGAGGAGGAGGGGGACGAGAGUGACCGGCCAGUGGUGGCUGAAUUUAUCGAUGAACGGCCAGAUGAAGUUAAAUGGAUGGAAGCUUUCCGAGCAAGUAACAAAUGGAAGUUAUUAGGAGGCAACUUGCAGUCUCAGCCAACAGCAGCAUUGCCAAGGAAGUGGCAAAGACAUGAUUCUGAAUCCAGUUCUGGCUCUUCUCCAACAAGGAGGAGAGCUCAAGCCACCUCAGAUUCAGACCUUUCGCCACCACGGGCCACUGGCCGACCAGGCACACGACGACCAAAUUAUCCUUCCAAUCUCUCCCCUCCUAGAAGGAAUCGGCACAAAUCUUCAGAUUCAGACUUAUCUCCUCCCCGAAGAGGAGCAGAAGCAAAAAAGAAAGGCCGCAAGUCCAGGAGCCCCUCUACUGUCCUGCCAUGUCAUCAGGCCUUGGAGUCCAAUGGGAGCAGCCAGAGGAUGCUGUCAGGGGGCAAAGCUGGCUUGGUAUCAGCUGAUCUGCUGAGAAGGGAGAAGCAGGAAUUUAAGAAGCUGGCUGGCAGCAGCAGCAAUAGCAGACAUCUGGAGGAUGAAUCUCGGCAUGCGAAGACGGUUUUCCGGGAUGAGAUGGGCCGUAAGAGGGACCUGAAGCAGGAGCGGCUAGAGCAGCACAAGAGAGCCGAAGAGACGUCUGAGCGAGACGAGCAGUACGCCAAGUGGGGGAGAGGCCUGGCACAGAGCAGACAGCAGCAGCAAAAGGUGGAGGAUGCAGUGAAGGAAAUGCAGAAGCCGCUGGCGAGGUACAUCGAUGACGAGGACUUGGAUCAGAUGCUGCGGGAGCAGGAGCGAGAAGGAGACCCGAUGGCCGACUUCAUGAGGAAGAAGAAGGCCAAGGAGAGGCCAGGUACCAAAGAAAAGCCAAAGUAUAAUGGGCCAGCACCCCCACUGAACAGGUUUAACAUCUGGCCAGGCUAUCGCUGGGACGGAGUAGAUAGGUCCAAUGGCUUUGAGAAGAAGCGCUUUGCGAGAAUAGCAAGUAAAAAAGCGACACAGGAACUCGCAUACAAGUGGAGCGUGGAGGACAUGUGAGCACCCGGGCCAAACUGGGACAAAGAUUUUUAAAGGCUCCUGCGGAAGCAAGGAUACUUCCUACCCACCAGAGUUCACCACCUGGAAUCCGCAGGAGAACCCCUGUGCCCAGUGCAGCUUAAUAGGAGCCCUGGAACGUGGAGGGUGUUUGAAGGAGCCCUAUGAGCUGUUGGAAGGGAGACUCUGGAAGGUUGGUCCAGCCAAAAGGCAGAAGUUGCAGGGCGGCUGGUCAUUGCCCCCUUGUCCCAGUUGCCAGGUAUUUUGGGGAGGGAGGGGCCCAGAGAAGAUACGGCUCUUGUCCUCAGUUCUCCGGGUCUCCCUGGAUCCACUGAAUAGUUCGAUUGUGGGGCUUUCCUAGUGUGAAGCAUCACCUUUCGGUCUCUUGGGAACAUGUAACAGGGCAUCCCUGGAGCAGGGAAUCAUUGAGUUCUCCCUAAAGGACUUGCUGGAAUGAUGAAAUUUGGCUGUCAUCUCCUUUUUGGCCAAACCAGCAGUUAUCUCACUGCUUCUGUAGCGUAAAUCCGGGAGGCUGUUCUGGGGGUCCCUGCAAGCUACAGAGGAGCGCCAGGGUGUUUAUAGAGAAAGCAGGCUCUGCAGAGGUGCAGGGCUCUUCACAGAUUUUCAGUACUUGCUGCAAUUUAAGUGUACAGUUUGUAAAUAACAGGU